GUGAAUUUUCACAGUUGUGGGUCAGUUCUUCAGUGGUAUAGAAUGCAUUGGUGAAAUAGUGGUUUCACUUAUAAACUUUAAAUAAAUCAAAAUCAAGUCAAAUAGUUGAAAUUCAAAUAUCAUUUCUGCUUCAACUGCAGCUCUUUAACAUUAAGGAGAAACCAGUGUUAGGAGAAAGCUUUUUAUCAGAAUCUACAACAUGAAUUCUUUGUAGUAGGAUCAACCAAACCUCAAGUUUAAAAAGUUCCUAAAAACAAUGAACAGUAUCGGCCCACUUGAUAUAUUUUCUGAACACAGAAGAGAAGGCCAAGAGGUGUACAAAAACCUGGAAUUAUAUGCUAUGAAUAGUGCACAGCCGGUUCAGACCGAACCAAAAAGAUUCUUUGGGUCUCAUGGCAGCUUCCGCUUUGGUAAAACGGAAACUAUUGAUUUUUACCAUCCGGAAUCAAAUGAUCGAUGCCAUCCAUCUCCCAAUAUAUACUCUACAAAUAUGCCGAUAUUAUCUCCACCCUCAACUCCAUCAAAUUACUUGCCAACUCAUACCUUUUACAUUCCGUUUCCAUCCUCCCCGUCCAAUCAAUUCCAUACAUUAGCCUCAAAUCCAAUACCAUCAUCAUCAAUGUCACAUCCAUGUUUACCUCCACCAUCAUAUUCAUUUUCAGUUACACCGAACCAUUCCUCUACACAACCUAAUACACUUUCCGGUUCAAACCCUUCUUCCCCUCUCUUCCUUUCAUACCCACUCACCCAGUCCUCCGGAUAUUACCAACAUGUACUCCCAAAUCAUCAAUAUGCAUCUCAUCCUUCGCCACCCUACUCCAAAUCCAUAUCAUCACCUUCGCCGGUCUCAUCGUUGUCCUCUCCCUCUCUUUCUCCAUCAAGUCCGGAGUCAGAUACCAACCCAACUGACAACACAAACUUACAUAAUCCCAAUCAACUACCAAUUAACUCUUAUUGGGAUUCAAAAGACUCAGGUAUACGUUCAGGUGGAGAUACUGCACACAUGCCGCACUUGUCUCAACUAUCUCAACACACCUCUAAGGAAGACGACAGAAUCCAAGACAACACUGUUAUAAAGCAAAUUCAAGACCAAGGAGCAGAAUUUAAAGUUGAACAUGAGAACAUAGUAAUUCCUCCAACAUCAAUGAAGAACAGUGAAACCUUUAGCUAUGCUGAUCUAAAGGCUUUGACCCCGUGGCGUGACGAACUACUUCGAAAACUGCUUUUAGCCAAGAACCAAGAGCAGCAACAGCAGCAGGAAAUUGAGCAGCCUGCUAAGCCUAGUAGAAUUCAGCGGGAAACCAGGAAGAACAAGUACAAACAAGUUUUCAGAACGAAUGAUUUGUUUGAAGUUAACGAAUUCCGGUUUGGUUCUGGUUGUCCGAGUUCAGAUCCAAGGUUCCGGAAAGAACAUUUUGUUUUUGGAGAAUCAGAAGGUUUAGAGUAUGUUGGAACUAUACUCCGGGGCAGUUCAGAGUUCGAGACAAUUAUCUCUUCUAUGGAGAAGGUUAACAGUUCUGGACAAUCUAUACGUACUGUAGUUGAAAGUGUACUGCAAAGCUGUUUACCAAAUCCUCUGUACAUGUAUUCACUUACCGGGAAAUCUCUUCUCAAGAGAAUUGAACUCAGGAAUGGAGUUGAAACUGCAAGAUUUUGUAUGUCUAGUAUUGGGGAGAGUAAACUUUCAAUUCCAGAAGAUCUUGUCCGAGGAUUGACCUUGUUUUUGGAGACAUGGCUGGUCAACCCAGCAGAUAUACAGGCUGGCAAUAUACAGUCAUUCACUAGGAAGUUAGUGAGUAAAUCCUGUUGUAUUUCUAGGAAGUUAGUGAGUAAAUCCUGUUCUAUUUCUAGGAAGUUAGUGAGUAAAUCCUGUUGUAUUUCUAGGAAGUUAGUAAGUAAAUCCUGUUCUAUUUCUAGGAAGUUAGUGAGUAAAUCCUGCUGUAUUUCUAGGAAGUUAGUAAGUAAAUCCUGUUCUAUUUCUAGGAAGUUAGUGAGUAAAUCCUGUUGUAUUUCUAGGAAGUUAGUGAGUAAAUCCUGUUGUAUUUUUAGGAAGUUAGUGAGCAAAUCCUGUUCUAUUUCUAGGAAGUUAGUGAGCAAAUCCUGAUCUAUUUCUAGGAAG